AGAGCAUUUUGCCUAGAAAUGAAGAGCAUGUAAAUGAGAUGCAAAUUAGCCUCUAUUGUCCCCAGCUAGGGCGCUUUUGCUAGAGGCUGCUAGAUUCUGAGGGUUGUAAUGUGGGAGUGGUCAUCAUGCCCCACAAACUCUCCCAGUCACCCCUUUUCCCAAGACUGGUCCUGCAGUUCCAGGAGUUUCUUGGUUGGGACCAGCCCCAGCCCCUGCCCCUGCCCCUGCCCUUACCUCUCUGGGUAUGAAGUGGCCAGCACCUUUGUAACCAAGCUCAAUGUCACUCCCUCCCACCCUCAGCCCCACCCCCACUUCCAGGGAAGCAUCUUCCCCACCCUAACCUCACCCUAACUUCUCCUAAAUUUUCACAUUUACUUUUAAGGGAUGUGGUAAGGAGGUGUAACUCAGUCUCUUCCCUCCUUCUGUCCCUUCUUCCAUCAGGUCAGAGAUUUCCUAUCCCCUUCAAACCCCUAUAGGAGUCACCACCCCAGGGCCAGCAUAUGGGUGAGGGGGCACCACCUGGGGCCUGAGCUGCCCCACACAGGAUGCUCCGUGCCCCCUACUUCAUGCCCUUGCUGCUACUGCUGCUGCUGUUCUCACUUCCCCAUACCUGGGCAGCCUUUCCCCAGGACCCCCUCCCUCUGCUGACUUCUGACCUGCAAGGUACUUCCCCAUUAUCCUGGUUCCGGGGCCUGGAGGAGGAUGCUGUGGUUGCAGAACUUGGGCUGGACUUUCAGCGAUUCCUGACCUUGAACCGGACCUUGCUAGUGGCUGCCCGGGAUCACGUUUUCUCCUUCGAUCUUCAAGCCCAAGAAGAAGGGGAGGGGCUGGUGCCCAACAAGUAUCUAACAUGGAGGAGCCAAGACAUGGAGAACUGUGCUGUGCGGGGGAAGCUGACGGACGAGUGCUACAACUACAUUCGUGUUCUCGUUCCCUGGGACUCCCAGACACUCCUUGCCUGUGGAACGAACUCAUUCAGCCCUGUGUGCCGCAGCUAUGGGAUAACUUCGCUGCAGCAGGAGGGUGAGGAGCUGAGCGGGCAGGCUCGAUGCCCCUUUGAUGCCACCCAGUCCAAUGUGGCCAUCUUUGCAGAGGGCAGCCUAUACUCAGCCACAGCUGCGGAUUUCCAGGCCAGCGACGCUGUAGUUUACAGAAGCCUUGGGCCUCAGCCCCCACUCCGCUCCGCCAAGUACGACUCCAAGUGGCUCCGAGAGCCAUACUUUGUUCAUGCCUUGGAGCAUGGAGACCAUGUCUACUUCUUCUUCCGAGAGGUCUCUGUGGAGGAUGCCCGGCUGGGGAGGGUGCAGUUCUCCCGUGUGGCCCGUGUGUGUAAGCGUGACAUGGGUGGCUCACCUCGGGCCUUGGACCGCCACUGGACAUCCUUUCUGAAGCUGCGGCUCAACUGCUCUGUCCCUGGGGACUCUACGUUCUAUUUUGACGUCUUACAGGCCUUGACUGGGCCUGUACAUUUGUAUGGCCGCUCUGCUCUCUUUGGGGUCUUCACUACCCAGAUCAAUAGCAUCCCUGGCUCUGCGGUCUGCGCCUUCUACCUGGAUGAUAUUGAGCGUGGGUUUGAGGGCAAGUUCAAGGAGCAGAGGAGUCUGGAUGGGGCCUGGACCCCUGUGUCUGAGGACAGAGUCCCCUCCCCCAGGCCAGGAUCCUGUGCAGGAGUAGGUGUAGCUGCCUUGUUCCCCUCUUCUCGAGACCUCCCUGAUGAUGUCCUGACCUUUAUCAAGGCUCACCCACUGCUGGACCCCACCGUGCCACCUGCCACCCAUCAGCCUCUGCUCACCCUCACCAGCAGGGCCCUACUGACCCAGGUAGCUGUGGAUGGCACGGCUGGUCCCUACAGUAACACCACAGUUCUAUUCCUCGGCUCCGAUGAUGGGACAGUGCUGAAGGUGCUGCCCCCAGGGGGGCAAUCUGGGGGACAUGAGCCCAUCCUGUUGGAAGAGAUUGAUGCCUACAGCCCUUCCCGGUGCAGUGGGAAGCGGGCAGCCCAAACAGCACGGCGGAUCAUAGGGCUGGAGCUGGACACUGAAGGUCACAGGCUCUUUGUCGCUUUUUCUGGCUGCAUCAUCUACCUCCCUCUUAGUCGGUGUGCCCGGCAUGGGGCCUGUCGGAGGAGCUGUCUGGCUUCUCUGGACCCAUACUGUGGAUGGCAUAGCUCCAGAGGCUGUGUGGAUAUCAGGGGACCUGGUGGGACUGAUGUGGAUCCAGCUGGGAACCAGGAAUCCAUGGAGCAUGGUGACUGCCAAGAUGGAGCUACUGGGAGUCAGUCUGGCACAGGGGAUUCUGCUUAUGGCGUGCGCCGGGACCUCCCCCCAGCCUCUGCCUCCCGCUCCGUCCCCAUCCCACUCCUCCUGGCCUGUGUGGCCGCAGCCUUCGCCCUGGGCGCCUCAGUCUCUGGCCUCCUGGUUUCCUGCGCUUGUCGCCGCGCCCACCGACGUCGGAGCAAGGACAUCGAGACUCCAGGGCUCCCGCGCCCUCUCUCCCUUCGCAGCCUGGCUCGGCUGCACGGGGCCGGCCCAGAGCCGCCGCCGCCGCCGCCCAAGGACGGAGACGGGGCGCAGACGCCCCAGCUCUACACCACCUUCCUGCCUCCUCCCGAGGGCGUCCCCCCGCCGGAGCUGGCCUGCCUGCCCACCCCGGAGUCCACGCCGGAGCUGCCGGUCAAGCACCUCCGCCACGCCAGGGGCCCCUGGGAGUGGAACCAGAAUGGGAACAACGCCAAGGAGGGCUCGGGCCGCGCACGGGGCGGGAACGCGGCUAGCGGCCCCGCACCACGCGUGCUGGUGAGGCCGCCGCCGCCCGGCUGUCCCGGGCAGGCCGUGGAAGUCACCACCCUGGAGGAACUGCUGCGCUACCUGCACGGCCCGCAGCCGUCCCGGAAGGGGGCCGAGCCCCCGCCGCCGGCCGCUCUGACCUCGCGGGCGCUCCCGCCCGAGCCCGCCCCAACCCCCACCCCAACCCCCACCCGCUUCGCUGGCUCCAGCCUCCUCCCACGGGAGUGUGCCCCGAAUCUGAGGCUGGACGUGCCCCCCGAGGGGAAGUGCCCAGCCCCCAUCUCCCGGCCCGCGCUCUCCGCCCCCGCUCCCCGGCUCGGGGUCGGGGGGAGCCGGAGGUUGCCCUUCAACACUCACCAUACACCCCCCGCCCUGCUCACUCGAGUCCCCUCGGGAGGCCCCUCCAGGUACUCCGGGGGUCCCGGGAGACACCUCCUGUACCUGGGCCGGCCUGAGGGGUACCGGGGCCGCGCCCUGAAGAGGGUGGACGUCGAGAAGCCUCAGUUGCCCCCAAAGCGUCCCCUCGUCGGGCCCUCCUCCCAGCCGUCCGUCCUUAACGGCAGCCAUUUUAACUUUUAAAGGGAGCUGCUCCACGGCCUCUAAGGCCGUGAGCGUGGACGCAUCUCUACGGACAGGUCACCUCCCUCUUUUCUUGUUCCACACCUCCAGCCCUCCCAGACUCUGAGAGUCUCUCGGAGUCCCUGCCCACCUCGGGCUUAUUUAUUGACUGUCGACUGCCCUUCCCCCUGUCCUCAAGAGAGGAGUGGGAAGUGAGAAGCUCGCCCCCUCAGUGAACCAGCUUUUCGGGGGGAACUGGCACACUCCCACUCCCCCUCUCUCAGCCAAGCUGCCUUAACUCUCCCCUCCGGGCUUCCUCCAUAGCCUGGACCCCAGGCGGGCCGCGAGCGGACGGAAGGGGCUGGGGCCACUGCGUGCGUUGUGUACAGAGUUCUCGGGCCUCCUGGGACGUGCCUCCUCCUACUGUGUAGGAGCCCUCACUUCCCAAUACAGCUGUGUCCCAGAGCCGCUGCCUGACUUUACUCGCCGAGGGGCCGGGGCCGGGCGGGAAGCGGUCGACUCGCUCUGAGCGCCUUGCCCCUGAAUCUCUGCCUUCAUCUUGGCCUUGAGCUCUCCGAGUAAUUGGGAUGGCUGCAGUCCCACCGGGGUUAAUCAGGAGAGGUUUCCUGAAGGAGGCAAGCGAAGAAAUGGUGUGGGGAGAUGAAUCAGGGCUCAAUAGUGUUUAUGUGGGGUUGGGGAGGCCACCAGGAGCACGUUUCUGAAUGGAGGUAACAGGGAUUUUUCACAGCCUGUUCUAUGGGGUGUGGGGAGGGUAUUUUUGGAGAAAUAAAAUGAAGCUGCAGCAUAAGUGACUUAAGUCUCACAUCAGGAAAUCUUGUCCUAAAGACAAUUUGGAGAGUCUGGGUCGCAUGAGGGGUACACUGCAGAAAAG